AUGGCCGACAUCGGCAUUGAUGAUGUUCUUGAUGACAGCAUAACGUCGGCAAUGCAGCGCAAAAGCAACAAUGAUAGGAACGCAGUAGCAGAAGCAAAAUCGGCGGCAAUCACGACCGCCUGCCAGUCGUCAGCUCUUCCCUACCUAUCUCUCUCUCGUUGUCAUCUUGCUGUCAUUGUCGCCGUCGGUAGCGGCAAUUUGACACCAAGGCAGGCGAGCGGUGGUGGACGCCUUCAACAACUACUACGAAUAAUGGUAGUAGCGGCGGUAUCGCGGCGGCAUUCUGCUGUCUCCCCUGUCAUAACAAACAGAUCUCUACCAGCCAAUACCUCUAAACCCUUCCCCACCCCUCGCCUUAACUACGGCUACUGCGUAGUACUGACGCAUUUGACAAGAGAUUAG